CACACAGAGGUAGAAGAAGAAGACGAGGAUGAAGAGAAGAGGGAGAUGGGACACAGUGACGUUGUGACUCGGCCACCGAAAGUUCACGAUGGUCUGUCUAAUCAGGGAGGCACAUGUUCCCUCAACAGUGACCAGCAAGUUUUCUCCAAGACACCAGAGGUCCACGAAAGAGAGCGUCCGACCGAUCCAGAAGGUCAGACAGAUGAUGCAGCUGAACGACAGGAUGAAAGCAGUAACAAACUGGUGCAGGAUGAGGGGAAACACACAGAGGUAGAAGAAGAAGACGAGGAUGAAGAGAAGAGGGAGAUGGGACACAGUGACGUUGUGAUUUGGCCACAGAAAGUUCACGAUGGUCUGUCUAAUCAGGGAGGCACAUGUUCCCUCAACAGUGACCAGCAAGUUUUCUCCAAGACACCAGAGGUCCACGAAAGAGAGCGUCCGACCGAUCCAGAAGGUCAGACAGAUGAUGCAGCUGAACGACAGGAUGAAAGCAGUAACAAACUGGUGCAGGAUGAGGGGAAACACACAGAGGUAGAAGAAGAAGACGAGGAUGAAGAGAAGAGGGAGAUGGGACACAGUGACGUUGUGACUCGGCCACAGAAAGUUCACGAUGGUCUGUCUAAUCAGGGAGGCACAUGUUCCCUCAACAGUGACCAGCAAGUUUUCUCCAAGACACCAGAGGUCCACGAAAGAGAGCGUCCGACCGAUCCAGAAGGUCAGACAGAUGAUGCAGCUGAACGACAGGAUGAAAGCAGUAACAAACUGGUGCAGGAUGAGGGGAAACACACAGAGGUAGAAGAAGAAGACGAGGAUGAAGAGAAGAGGGAGAUGGGACACAGUGACGUUGUGAUUUGGCCACAGAAAGUUCACGAUGGUCUGUCUAAUCAGGGAGGCACAUGUUCCCUCAACAGUGACCAGCAAGUUUUCUCCAAGACACCAGAGGUCCACGAAAGAGAGCGUCCGACCGAUCCAGAAGGUCAGACAGAUGAUGCAGCUGAACGACAGGAUGAAAGCAGUAACAAACUGGUGCAGGAUGAGGAGAAACACACAGAGGUAGAAGAAGAAGACGAGGAUGAAGAGAAGAGGGAGAUGGGACACAGUGACGACCUGCAUCUGCUGCACAAAGAACAAGAAUGA